AUGGCACCAGCAAGUUGGAACAACUUCCAUGUAGGACGAGACUGCGGCCAUGUGAAAUGGUCUCGAAAGAUCGCGCCCAAAGUGACCGUCUCCUCCGGUCAGACGGUCACGUUUGAUGCCAUCGAUAGCAGCAACGGUCAGCUCAACACCACUUCGGACGCCUCGGCGAUCAAGAAACUGGAUCUCGGCAUCGCCAAUCCAGUCUUCGGUCCUAUCUAUGUGCAAGAUGCAGAGCCUGGGGACGUCCUCAAAGUCGAGGUCCUGGCCCUCGAAGUCGCAGACUGGGGCUGGUCCGCCAUUAUCCCCGGCUUCGGCCUGUUGGCAGAAGAUUUCCCAGAACCCGAGAUCAAGAUUUGGUCCCUUGACCGUGAGAAUGGCUACGCUCAAUUCAAGGACAUGCGUAUCCCACUCCGACCAUUCCUAGGCUGCAUGGGUCUUGCACCGGCCACCGACGACGAACUCUCCACCGUGCCUCCCACUCACGCCGGUGGUAACAUGGACUGCCGCGAGCUCAGCGUCGGCUCGACCGUCUACCUCCCCGUUCAGGCUGCCGGUGCCCUCUUCAGCUGUGGUGACGGCCACGCCGCCCAGGGCCAGGGCGAAGUCUGCGGCACCGCCAUUGAAACCCCCAUCAAAGCAACCCUCCGAUUCGAGCUCAUCAAGAACCAGCCCUGGAUCACCGCUCCUCAGUAUCAGACCCCCCCUCGAGCUCAAAUACCCAACCCACUUCCUGACCUCGGAACCUACGGUGCUCUCGGUGUCUCUCCAGACCUGUUCGAGGCCGCGAAGAGCGCCACUCGCAACCUCAUCCAAUGGCUCGUUCACACAAAGGGCCUUACCGAGAGCGAGGCGUAUAUCCUGGCCAGUGUUGCUGGGGACUUGCACAUCACCGAGAUUGUCAACGUGCCUAACUACGAAGUGUCCAUGAACAUUCCCUUGGGUAUCUUCAGCUCAGAUUGA